AUGCUUUCCCGUUGCCGCCAGCUUCAAGCAGAAAAGGAAGCAGAGAAAGCACAGAUAGAAGCACGGCUUGACCAACACGUGCUUGAAACAUUUGGUGUACCUGUUUCGACUACUGCAGGCGCUCUCAAACCAGGGGAAUUAUGGUGGUGCAAGCAUUAUCAAUGGUUUAAAGAUGACACCAAGAAGGACUGGAUGGACUGUGAAGAUUGCCGAGGCCCCGUGAUACAGCACAUCUUGGACGCGACUUGUAUAAUUGAUGGAACAUUUGUGACUUUGAAGCUAAUACGAAAAUCACGCCAUCUGUACAAGAUCGAAAUUGGACAACUGUUUUCAACAGAACCACUUGCUUCUGACCCUGACAAUCAUUGUGUGCCAAUUUAUGAUGUGCUACACGUACCAGACGAUGAGGAUCAGGCUGUCAUCGUUAUGCCCUUGCUGCGACCGUUCACCGAUCCAUGUUUCGAUACUUGUGGCGAAGUUGUUGAAUGCUUUCGCCAGCUUUUUGUGGGCUUGCAAUUUAUUCAUAAACAACACGUCGCGCAUUGCGACUGUAUGGAUUUGAACAUCAUGAUGGAUGCUACGUGUCUAUUCUUCCAUCCAUUCCAUCCACAAGACAUCGACAUGAGGCGUGAUUACAAAGGGGAGGCCAAAUCUUUAACUCACACACAGUGUCCACCGAAGUACUUUUAUAUCGACUUUGGUAUAUCUUGCUGCUAUGAUGCCAAUAACACUGCACCUCUGGAAGAACCCAUAUGGGGAGGCAACAAAACUGUGCCCAAGUUUCAAAAUUUGGACCAGCCUCGUAACCCAUUCCUAACGGACGUGUACUAUUUGGGAAAUAUGAUUAGGAAUGAGUUCCUGCUGACAAAACAUAGGUUUGAGUUUAUGGCACCAUUGGUGGGGGACAUGGUACAGGAGGACCUGACCAAGCGGCCUACGAUGGAUGAAGUCAUUACACGCUUUGACGAGAUUCUCAAGCAGCUCAGCAGCUGGAAGCUACAAUCACGCGUUGCCUUUAUUCAUUGGACCCGCCAUAUCGGCUAUAUUGUCAGGAGAGUGUCGGCUAUACCAGCACCUUAA